UCAUGUACGCAAAUGUCAUGGAGAGAAAUCAAUUGGUCAUAACCACUCCAAAGAUUUAUGAACCAAUACUUAAUAGCGUUCCCAUUACUGCUAGAAGAAGGAACCCAUGUUCACUUCCUGUACAAACCAUUGACUUCAAGGUCAAUACAGGCGGCUUGUGUUUACAUCAUGAGCUCCUCUCCCAACUUCUUUGUUUUUUUCCUCAUAGAAAAUUCUUAGAUUUAUCAAGAAGUCAGUUUUCUGACCCAUAUCUGGUUCCUGUUGUUUAACCAAUUGAUCAAACCUACAAAAUAUUUGAGUAAAAUUGUAAUUAAGGUUUAGCCCAUGAAGCUCUUUUUUUCCAUUUUCUUCUGCUUCAUUUCUAUCUCGUUUUCCAAAACCUCCCUUGGAUUAGACACCUUAGCUCCAAACCAAAAUCUCACGGACAACCAAACUCUGGUUUCCACAGGCGAAGCAUUCAUAUUAGGCUUCUUUAGUCCCUGGAAUUCCAGCAAUCGUUAUGUGGGAAUAUGGUACAAAAAUAACCAACAAACGGUUGUUUGGGUUGCUAACAAAAAUAGCCCCAUCACAGAUUCAUCUGGUGUUCUAACCCUCACCCCAACCGGAAACAUAGUUAUCACCAACAAUCAAUCUGGUAUUGCCAUCUGGUCAUCGAAUUCAUCGGCAAAUAAUCCAGUCUUGCAGCUCUUAAACACGGGAAACCUUGUGCUUAAAGAUAGUAAUGAUGAAAGCUAUGCUUAUUCAUGGCAGAGCUUUGAUCAUCCAUGUGAUACAUUGUUACCGGACAUGAAGCUUGGAUGGAACCUAAUGACUAAACAAAACUGGUUCCUGACUUCAUGGAAGAGUCUUCAAGAUCCAUCCACUGGGGAAUUCACGUACAGAGUAGACCCUCGUGGGCUUCCACAGUUGGUUCUUCGCAGGGGUACUGAGAUUGAAUUUCGAAGCGGGCCUUGGGAUGGUAUUCGCUUUGGUGGGGAUCCUCAGCUUGAAGGAACCCCGGUGCUUAAUCCCAUCUUUGUUUACAACACAAGCUAUGUCUACUAUACCUUUGAAAACAGUGAUAGUUCAAUAAUCUCAAGGCUUGUGGUGAACCAGUCAGGCUCUAUAGAUAUCCUCAAAUGGAACCUGCAGCGUGGUGAGUGGUCGAAUAUAUAUACCAUGCAGAAAGAUGAAUGCGAUAAGUAUGGACACUGUGGUCCUAAUGGCAUUUGCAACAUGAACAAGUCCCCAGUUUGCCAGUGCCCAACUGGGUUUACUCCGAAAACACAAGAAGAUUGGAACUUGAUGGAAUGGUCUGGUGGGUGCAUAAGAAAAAUGCCUUUGAACUGUAGUACAAAAGUCGGGUUUAGGAAGUUUUCUGGGUUGAAGUUGCCUGAUGUUUCGGAGCUUUUUGUCAAUAGUGCGAUGAUGAGCUUGGAGGAGUGUGAGGCAGCUUGUUUGAGAAACUGUUCGUGUACAGCUUGUGCCAAAACUGAGGCUAGUGGUUGUGUGGCUUGGUUCGGGAACUUGCUUGAUAUUAGAGUGCACAAUGGAGUUGGGGAAGAUUUGUAUAUUCGAAUGGCUGCUUCUGAACUUGAAUCGAAGAACAAGGACCAACGAACCGUGGUGAUCAUGUCAGUAUCAGUAGUUUUUGGGGUUCUUCUGUUGGUAUCAAUCAGCUGGUUGUUGAUUUGGAAAAGGACCUCCCACAGAAGCAAAGCUCAAAGGCAGAGAAUAAAUAACCCAAAACAAGAUGACAAGUCUAGCAUAGUAGAGGAAGAGGACGACCUAGAGCUUCCUCUAUUUGACACUAAUACCAUUGCAACUGCUACCAACAACUUCUCUUUCACAAAUAAAAUUGGUGAAGGCGGUUUUGGUCCUGUUUACAAGGGUGAGCUCCCAAGUGGAGAAAAAAUAGCAGUGAAGAGGCUCUCCAGAUAUUCAGGACAAGGCCUCAAAGAGUUCAAGAAUGAGGUUAUCUUGAUUGAAAAACUUCAGCACCGAAAUCUUGUAAAGCUAUUGGGAUGUUGUAUUCAUGCAGAAGAUAGAAUGUUGAUAUAUGAGUUCAUGUCUAACAGAAGUUUAGAGUUAUAUAUAUUCAAUCAAACAAGAGGUACUGCACUUGAUUGGCAAAAGCGUUUUGACAUCAUAGUAGGGAUCGCUCGAGGACUUCUUUAUCUUCAUCGAGAUUCAAGAUUGAGAAUCAUUCAUAGGGAUCUUAAAGCUAGUAAUAUUCUCUUAGAUAGUGAGAUGAAUCCCAAAAUAUCAGACUUUGGAUUGGCUAGAACAUUUGGAGGUGACCAAACUGAAGCGAAUACGAGUAGGAUCAUUGGAACAUAUGGUUAUAUGUCUCCAGAGUAUGCAAUAGAUGGGCUCUUUUCUGUGAAGUCUGAUGUCUUUAGCUUUGGUGUAUUGGUUUUAGAGAUAGUGAGUGGAAAGAAGAAUAGAGGGUUUUAUCAUCCUGAUCAUGAUUUCAACCUUUUAGGACAUGCGUGGAAAUUAUGGAACGAAAACAGGGCCAUGGAACUGAUGGAUGCUUUGAUGGAAAAGCCGAUACCUGAAUCAGAAGUCUUACGAUGUAUACAAGUCAGUCUAUUGUGUGUGCAACAACACCCUGAAGACAGGCCCCCAAUCGCUUCUGUACUUUUGAUGUUGGAUAGUGAGAAUUCUUCACUAACUCAACCAAAACAGCCUGGAUUUUACACAGAAAGGUCUAUUACAGAGACUGACUCGUCAUUAUCAGGGAAAACUCCAUAUACUGCAACUGAAUUAACCAUUACAAUGUUACAGGGUAGGUAGCAUGGUGAUUAGAACUCUGUAUAUGUUCUUCACAAAGCAUAUGUAGCUUUGUAUAUUCAAUCUAUUUUCCUCCAAAAUCUAAAAUGUACAAGGUUUAGGAAGAUAUAUAUAUUCUUUGGUUAUUACUAUGUAAUAGUUAAAUCUUAUUUUGUUAAAAAUGAAGCAAUUUGGAAUUGAUCACAA